AUGUUCAAACUGAACGAUGGAGGUCAGUUAGCGCUGGAUUGGUCAAUUCCAGAAAACUGCUUAGAUAUUUGUCCGGUGGUCAUCAUUCUUCCUGGUCUGACCGGCACAACCCACGACAGAUACGUGCAAUCACUCGCUAAGACGAUCAACGACCUGAGGUACAAAGCGGUCGUUUUCAACUACAGAGGAGGCAACGGCGCUGCGUUACUGACGCCCAAAAUUUACUGCGCUUGCGACACCGAUGAUAUUCAGGCCGUCGUGUGGUACAUAAAAAAGAAGUGGCCACGUUGUCAGUGCAUGGCGGUAGGAAUUUCUGUAGGCGGGGGAUUGUUAUUUAACUACCUGUCAAGAAACGAUGCAGAAAGAACUGGCCUGAAGGCGGCUAUGAUCAUCAGUACGCCGUGGGAUCCGGUGGCGUCAUCGAAAAGCCUGGAACAGUAUGCAUAUCGAUUCAUCUUCAAUCGCCGCUUAACGAAGAAUCUGUGUCACAUUGUCCAACAGAAUAAGGAAAUUCUGCAGUCCAUGGUGGAUGUUGAUGCCGCGUUGAAGGCGUCACUCAUUCGUGAGUUCGACGAACUCGUGACAGCUCCGCUGAGCGGUUUCAAAACAGCCAACGAUUACUAUCGAGCGGCGGCCAUUUACCACAAGGUGAACAUGGUCAGUGUGCCUACAGUAUGCCUGAACGCAGAAGAUGACUGUUUUUCGCCGAUUGAAGGUAUGUGA